GUUAGAGGUUAGACUGUUAGAGUUGGCGGAUUCAGAGGAAAUGAGCGAAAGUACGGAAAGUUAGAAUAAUAAAAAAAUGAAUUUGUUUAAGCUUCCAACGCAACUCUUCUCACCGCCACAAUAUAUUUACUCCAUGCUCAUUCCUCAUCACCCUAUUUUAUUAAAUUCCACUUCUGUCCCUACCCCCAUUUCAGACCAUCCUUCUCCUUCUUUUCCUCGUUUCUCUUUACGCUCAGAUAUGGAUACUGCUGUUGCAGGUCAAAGUCUUUACCCCUUGCACCGUUGUAAAACUCUUCACCUGGUUAGACAUGCUCAAGGAGUUCACAAUGUAGAAGGUGAGAAGAACUUUGAAGCAUACAAGUCUUAUGAUCUUUAUGAUGCACACCUGACCCCUCUUGGUUGGAAACAGGUUGAUAAUCUGAGAGAACAUGUUAAGGCAAGCAGUCUUUCUCGAACAAUUGAACUAGUUAUUGUUUCUCCCUUGUUAAGGACCAUGCAAACAGCAGUUGGAGUCUUUGGUGGUGAAGCACAUACUGAUGAGAUUAGUGUACCUCCCCUGAUGAAUGACAAUGUGGGAGAUAGUGAUCGCCGUGCAAUUUCUAGUCUGAAUGUCCCACCAUUUAUAGCAGUAGAGCUUUGCCGAGAACAUUUGGGUGUACAUCCCUGUGACAAGAGAAGAAGUAUCACUGAGUACCGACAAAUGUUUCCAGCAAUUGAUUUCUCAUUGAUAGAAAAUGAUGAGGACAUUUUGUGGGAACCUGACAUUAGAGAGAAGAAUGAAGAAGUUGCUGCCCGGGGACUGAAGUUUUUGGAAUGGUUGUGGACACGUAAAGAAAAUGAGAUAGCUGUUGUUACCCACAGCGGUUUUCUGUUUCAUACCCUAAGUACUUUUGGUAAUGAUUGUCAUCCAACUGUGAAGAGUGAAAUCUGCACGCACUUUGCUAAUUGUGAGCUACGCUCAAUGGUUAUCGUUGAUAGAGGUAUGAUUGGUUCAGCUGAGUCCUCUACCAACUAUCCUGGCAAAAUUCCAUUUGGCCUUGACCUUCCUAGUGAUGUUGCUGACCAGAAACUUCCAGAAAAUGGACAAUGAUAUUGAUUGGGUGGGACUCUUAGCUUUUAUGAUUUCCUUUAUAGGUUUCUCGAUGCUAAAAUCACAAGUUGGUACCAAUUUUAGCAUUCAUUAAUUUUCAUAUGUGAACAAUACAUUGCGUUCUUCUUCCUACUCCUCCCAUGUGUCUAAUAGCAGCUAAAGAAACAGCCAAGUUUUAUCCAUGGUAAAACCUGAUUGGAGUUUGAAGAUCGUUCAUUACUAAAUACGUUGUACAUUUUUCGCUU